AUGGUUUCGAAAACCACGCGAGAUGCUACUGCAGCAGCAAGAAGAGCGGCUGCACGCAUGCGUGCGGCCGUGGAAAGUGCCUUUCAGACCCCAGCAGCAGGUGAUUCGUUGCCUGUUGUUGUGUAUCGUCCACGUGGUGAGUCACCACGUGCAACAGGUACAUCCGUUGCGUCUGCAGCGGGUACCCUGAGUCGUAAUCACGAUGAGUCUGAAAUAGAGCUCAUCUUAUCUGGCGAGUCGGAUGAUGCAUCCGACUCGAAGGCUACACCUCACGCCUCCGGCCACCUGGGGCGGACACUACAAGAGCCAGGUUCACUGGCUCUGGUAAAGGAGGCGGUAUCACGUCCGAUUAUAAUGAUGAAUCCGAUGAGUCUCCGCCUCACGUAA